CAGCAUUUGCAGACACUGAAACUGAACUUGUCCACGAUGUUCUCAUAUCUAUAAUACAGCAAGGACUUAGUGAUGUAGCUCGUUUGCCUACCUGGUCUGCAGUCGAGGAGAUGAAUGCUUUUUAAUCCUCCAAGUUUCAGUGCCUAUUUUCAAUCGUGUGUGACCAGAGUUGGUGAUAUGAUUUGCUAACUUCACCUCAACAGUUGGAGCCACUUGCAGAGGGUUUUCUAGCGACUGAAUCACGGGAGGCUAUUUAGUCUGUUGGCUGCCCUUAUCUCAGUUGUAGAAACUGUGAUAUGAGAAACUUCCAACAAAAUGUUUUCCUCAGAUUGUCACAACAAGACAUAGUAUUUAGAAUAGUGGUAAGAACUAUGUUCUGCUCACAUUGGUGGUAUUUCAAAGAAGCUUAAGUGACGAUGCUACCUUCAAGAAAUUUUUGGAUGUCAGCAACAGGGAGCGUGCGAACAAAUGCUGGAGCAUGUUUAUAGUUUGAUGUGUGGAACCCGGAGGCCUGGGUGUGCAAGAAUUUCACACAGAAAGGGAAUUCAACUCGAUGCUGUUGCACGUGGGGCGCUUAUUUGUGGAUAUUGUGGAACGGGGGAAGUCGGUAUUGCUCUAGAGUUGCAUAGGGAGAUUGUGAAAUGGAACUGCAGUCCAAAUGUGAUCACUUAUGCCAAGAGGAAGACAUGCAGUUUUGUAUUAAUUUGCAGUGGCUUAUUGGACUGUUUCUAUGAGUCACUUCGCAGUUCCAUUAGUCGCUUCCAGUUCUGGUACAUGGAGUUGUGUGUGGAUGAUGUACCUCCCAUCCAGCGCAAAGUAACCAGUGGCAAGCUGAAUGGUAUGCAGUUUGAUGAGUCUUCACUCUUUGACGAAACAAUUCUUAUUUGUCUUAAGUGGCGACAUUACACCCAAGAGCAAUAGGGAGCGUGAGAACAGACGAUGGAGCGUGUUUAUAGGUCUGUGUGGAACCCUGAGCAAUUUCUCAAAACCUCUGCAUCAAUUUUCAGACCUCGCUGGGUUAUGAUCCUCACUCGUGAGACAUUUACACUGAUCAAGGGGCUGUGAGUGCACCAGUUCUCGAUGCUGUUACAUGUAGGUCACUUAUAUGUGCAUUUUUAAACUGGAGUUGCAGAGGGAAGUUGAACUGCAAUCCAAAUGUGGUUAGUUACCUCUUUGUUUUAUGGAUUUUGCAAACUACUUGAAUCACAAGUUGAAAACUUGCAGAUUUGUAUUAUUAUGCUGUGGCUUAUUAGCCGUGGGUUUUUAUCCUGUGUACUUAAACCUAUUAACAAAUUUGAAUUUAAAUGAAUA